GUACCAUACGUCAAUGAUGACAGCAACCUCAAUGAGACCAUGUGGUAUGUCUUCAAGAGUACUAAAGGGUUCUCUCGUAUACCGUCAACCUGUGUGGCCCAGAAUCACUGUGGAGCUACAGCCCCAGGUUAUAUGCAAGGAGCUUUACCUACAGUCAGUGAGGGUAUUGUGAAAAGAAAGGUUUGCUUUCAUAAUAAYGGAGACUGUUGUCAGUACAGUKUGGAUAUCUAUGUGCGCAACUGCUACAUGUUCUAUGUCUACAAMCUGAAGAAGUUGGAUUCAUCUUGGAAGGCAAGAUACUGCAUYGAGGACUAUAUGAAUGAAAACCCCAGCAAGAUGUCUUAUUCRUCUGAACAGCCAAAUGCUCUAAGGAAUCACGUGACUAAACGGCUAUACCAAGUAACCAAUCACUAUCAGUGUAUGACAUACUGUAAUCUUAGUAACGGAUGCAAGUCCUUUAACUACAAUGAAGCCUUGAUGACAUGUGAGCUGAAUAACGCAACUGCCAACGUAUUUCCUCAACAUUUAGGAAUCAGAGAACAUUAUCGAUACUACGAUUUACUAACAUGAACUGAGAAACUAUGAACUGAGAAAUAUCUCAUCAUGGACCAUAUCGAGAAAAAUGUACAAAAGGCAUAUACAGUGACGCCAUUAUUUUGUGCAGCAAAUCAUGAUGGUAGCUGUAGUCCUCGCAUUUUUCAAAACCCCUAUAGCCUGAUAGCUAAAAUAUCUCAUUAAAAGCAGUUUUUACAUAUUUUUCUUUUUAGAAACGGCACAAAUACUUUUAUUUUCGCUUAGACAAAGCAAAAACAAUUAGGAGGACUGUAUUAGCGGACAUAUAAAUGUGCGAGGACUACAACUACCAUCAUCCUCUGCAGCACAAAAUGGYGUCGCCAUUUAAUAACCAUCCUUUCGCUUGAUCAAAACUGAAAAAACUACCUCGGACUAUCUUAUAUCAACAACAAGGCUCAAAUGAUUUCAAUCUAACAUUGCGARAGCGCAUUUUCCCCAUAUGCGUCAUUCUUUGAUAAUGCUGUUCUUUUCGACAAAAUAGAGGGAGAGAACAGCAGCAACAAGAUUGUUUGGAAUUUUGGAAUUAUACCUUUUUCAGACUGCUCCCAAUAUGUUGUAUACAGUACUUUUAUAGUUUUUGUAGUUUAUAAUAAUAAUAAUAAAUGAAAUUUAUAUAGCCCCCUCACUAUAAAUAUUCGAUGGCGCUGUUUACAGUAAA